AUGCUGCUGACGAAUCUUGUUUUAUUUUUAAUUGUUUUGACUCGUUUCUCAGAUGCACAGUUUCUAUCCUAUGAUGGUUAGUUUCCAAAAUUUAUAGAUUUUCUGUAACUCAAAAUUGCAGCGAUUCGAAUGAGGGUGCCAGGUCGUUGUGUCCAGGGUGAUUAUGAUUGCGGUCUCGGUCAAUGUGUUCCAAUUCAACAAUUUCGAGAUGGUAAACCAGAUUGUAUGGAUGGCAGUGAUGAAUGUAAGAAUCUUCAGCAAAUAAAUGUGAUCUAUAAUAUUUUUAGGGUGUUUUAUUGGUCAAGUCAGUUGUGGUGCGGUAUAUUGUGCAGAUUACAAAGAUAUGCUUCCCUGUUUAGUCAAUCCUAAAUGUGAUGGUUCCUCAAAGCAACUUCCAUGGUGUUCGAUUUCGAGUUAGUUUUUCUAAUUUUUGAAAAAUAAUUUCAAAAUUUUACUAAAGAUUAACAAUGUCAUAAAAACCAGAAGCUUCAUAUUUCCUUUUCUCUUUUAGAAAUUAAUUUUUUUCAGAAGAGAAACUGUGCGCUGAUAAAACAUCAUUUCCCUGCAAAGGUUAUGGAGAAUGUGUAUUAUGGGAAUGGCUUCUAGACGGAAAGAAAGAUUGUAUAGAUGGUAGUGAUGAAGAUGAGAAUUAUGUGUUACCAUUAGAAGCAUCUUAUCGAUUUGUGAGGAAUAAAACUGGCCUAAUUCUCCCGCAACCAAUACCGCCACCACCCGAAGAUCAUCCAAGUUUAUAUGUUGAAGGUUGCUCAUUUUGUCCACACGCUGAAAAACAUACAACUCCGAAAAACCCAUUCAGCGGCAAUCAGAAAACCAUCGCACCAUUGACAAAUUUUGGAAUGAUUCCGAAUCCCACGCUUUCUCCUGGUGAAUUUUUUCCCGCUCCUGCUGAUAUUAUGAUCAAUCGAUUGACGACAACACCUCCUAUUGAUGAUUUUUUUGUUACGGAUAGCACAACGCCUGCAACUCAUAAUGUUAUAUUUGUACCUGUGAAAUCUGAAGAAUCUCCUGCUGCUGCUUCAGAUUUCUUCAUAAAUCCUGAUACAACUACACGGAUACCAAUGAUAACACCAAUUGGAGCGAUUUUCAAACCUAUUCAACCAGGAUUGUCGGAGAAAAUUGAGAAUUAUAUCCCAGAAAAUACAAAUUCUGCAACUUUUAUCAAAUCAACAAUUCAAGCAGGAUCUGAAAACUCUGAAAAGCCAAUGUCUAUCGCUACCAGCUCACCAGAACAAUCCCAAGCAAUAUUUCGCCCAGUUGGAUCUGGAAAACCUGGGGAAUUUUUCCCUUGGAAUCCACAAACUACAAAUUCACCAACAAAUAUGUUUACCAAAGCAUCUCCCUCAUUUCCAAUAUUCAUUAUGCCAACUGAAAACCCAAAAGUUCAAUCAGUUAUUUUUCGACCAUCUGGAUCGUCUGGACUUUUUGAAAAAUUACAGCCAACUGAUUCUUACUUGAAGCCAGAAAAUGUGCACCCCAGUAUAAAACAACCUGGUGCAAUUUUCCGACCUUCUGGAUCAUUGGGAGGAAGUGGCAGGCUGACUGAAAUUGGAACAAGUUCAGAAACAUAUCAACCAGGAGCAGGAUCGACAAAUGCAAAAAUUACCACAACUGAUGACACAAAUUACCAAACAAAUUCCGGAGGUGCUGUAUUUCGACCAUCGAGUUCUUCGAUUCCAAAUUAUCGGAAAAGUUCUGAGAUCGACACAUAUGAAACACACGGAAAAAACUCUGGUGCCCAAUUCAAACCAGUUGGGCCUCCUGCACAAAAACCUUGGGAGCCAACACAAAAUCCGGAUUUCAAUAGGAUAACUCAACCUGCUGUUUUCCGACCUUGGUCACCAUCAAAACCUAGUAAAGAAACGUAUGAAGUGUCAGGAAAUACUCCUUGGAAGAUCACACCAAAUUCUGAAAUUCAACCUACCCCAUCGAAUUCAUUAAAACCAACCGAUCAAUCUGGAGCAAUAUUCCGACCAUCUGGACAAAACCCAUGGAACCCUCCAAAAGAAAUUCCACAUCAACCUCCUGGAAAGGUCGCUCCCAAUCCUUGGAUGAUUCCAAAUAUUGGGCCAACACCCCCGCCACCAACAUUAAUUCCAGUUAUAAUACCUGAAAAUCAAACACCUGGACCGUUGGAUCCAUAUUCUAUUCCGGAAAGAGUCACGGUUUCACCAUCAUCACCUGGAUAUACCCCUGAAACUGAUUUCCAAACUUCGACUUCGAAUGAAGACCUGGUUCCAUUGCUACCUGGGCAUUUAUUACCAACUUUCAAGCCAACCAUAAAAACAACAACACCUAUUAUUCCAAAAACCACAGAGAAAUCAGAAGAAGGUUGGAUUGAAGAAUCAACUACUGAACUGUCUGAAACAACAACUGAUCUUCAAGAAACAUCAGAAGAAGUUCCUGCUGAAACUACAACAACUUCACCUUCACCUUCACAAUGUUUUGUUCAAAAACAAGAAGACAUUAUUUGCGAUUGUGAAAAUGGGAAAAUGAAAAAUCGGAUCACUGGAGAAUGUGAAGAAUCGCCAUCGAUAAUGAAUGUGAAAGUUGAUAUGAAAGAAAUAUGUGGGGAUUCUGAAUUUGAAGAUAAGCAACAUUAUUUGUUCAAUAAGGUGAGUGGGAAUAAUUUCUUGCAUGGAUGAUUUUAAUUGAAAUUUUUAUCAAAAGUUUAUUUUAAGGGUUUCUAACAUAAGGAAAUUUUUUAAAAAAUCUUUAGCUAUCAUCAAAAUAUGAUGUCUGCAUUCGAUCUUCUGAAUUCUCCGAUGGUUCUUCUCUCGUUGCUUCUAUUUCUUGUGUAACUUGUUCAAUAACCGAUAUCAACAAUAAUCUCAAGUCAAGUCAUCUAGAAGCAGCUGGAUUGGGAAGUAGUUUAUGCGACGAUUCGGACUAUAAUCAUUGUCAUUAUGACGCUGAAUGUUUUGUUGAGCCAGAUGGUUUGAGAUAUACUUGUAAAUGUAAACCAGGAACAACUGAUGUUUCAUCUGGAUCAGGCAGAGAUUGUGAAGGAAUUCCAGAUGAUUCACAGUGAGUUUUUUUUUAGUUUUUUUUUCAAAGAAUAUGUAAAUCAAAAAAUUUUUUCACAGGUGUAUUCUGGUAUUCGAUAUUUGUUUGAUUGUUUGGGUGAUCUUUUUAUUUGGAGUGUUUAUGCUCACUUGUUUAUGUUGUAUUGCUGCAUAUUCACUCUGCCCGAAAAGAUGUGGACGACAUGUUGCAAUUCAUCCAGAAAAUGCGGAUGGUUUGAGAACUGUUGUAAUUGGCAAGAAUGCUAAAAAGAGUAAAGAGCAGAUGCCACAUAUGAGAGCAAUAUUUGCCGAAAGUUUGAAGCAUAGUGCAAAGGGUUCAACAUCUGUUGCAAGUGCGUUUGCUUUAGCUGAAAUGAAGAAGAAACGCGUUUCGAAAGCACCAGAGAUGAGUCAGGUUAUUGAAGAGGUUAAUGAGGUGAGAAAAAACGGCAUUUGAAAAAAAUAAAAUUCAAAAUUUGCAGAGCCCGGUGGAGUAUGAAAAAGCAGAUGUGAUUUCUGGUCAUCGAAAAAUCUCAAAAGCUGAAAGUAUCGCAAGGUUAUCAGAUACCGCGAUAACUGAGACACCAAUUCUUGAAAAACAUUCGAGUUCAGUGUCACUUGUAUCCGCAGGGAAUGAGCCAGCUCCGCAACUUCCAAAUCUACCACUAUCACUUCCUAUCCCAGUGACAACAAAUCGUGAGCCCACACCGCCUCCACCAGAACAAAUUGUUGAAGAAUCCAAGGUACAUAAAAAAAUAAUUUUGAAUAUUUAAAAAUUGCCAUUCGUUUUCAGAAAUCUGAAACUGAAAGACCAUCCUCAUCACAUUCAAUUGGAGUGCAACCAACAAUUUGGGAAACCUAUCGAGUACUUGGUCAACAAUAUUCGAAAUCUGAUCAGAAUGAGAGAAAACAAAGCUUGGAUUCACUGGAAUUGUUGUUCGAAGCUAGACAAGCUGAAACUCAUAGAACUGAAUCAAGUCCACCGAUUACAUUCACAGCAAAACAAACUUUAGAGUGAGUUGUGAACCUAUUUUUUAAAACUAUUUUUUCAAUUAAGUGGAAACUAUUUUUUUAAAUAAAAAAAAUUCAUUUUUUUCAGAGUUCCCCAAAUACCACAACCUAUAGUAAUUGCAUUGGAAGAACCAACAACAAGUUUCCAGCCAGAAGUUCCAAUUGUUUCAGAUCCUGUUUCAAUCGAAACUGAAAGAAUCGAGCAUAAUUUGCAAGAAGCAGCAGAAGUCAAACAGUACUUUUUAAAAAAAUAUUCCACGUUUUUUUUCAUUUCAAUAAUUUAUUUUACAGACAUGAGGUGGAUGAAAAAGUUGCUGAAAUGAUUGGUGUGACUUCUUACCAUCCAACACCUUCUCCUCAAUUAGUUGUUACACAAGAUGAAGAAAUUGAAGAACUUCAGCAUGUUGCGGAAGACGAUUCACUUGGAAAAUCACUUGAAAGCGCUUUGCUAAUCGAGAUGGCUAAACAGGGAAUUGAACUUCCUUUGUCACCAAAAACUCCUGUUCCAACUUUGGAUGAGUUGGAAAAAACAUUGGCUGAACAGCGAGAAAUUGAAGAUUCAGAAGAGCAAAAAGUGAUCGAAGAAAUAAAUCGGAAGAUUGAGAGUAGACGAUCAUCAACAAGUCAAAAAUCAAAGAUACCAUCAAGAAAAGGCAGCGUUUCUUCAACAUCUUCUAGGAAAAGUGAGGUUUUCAAACCGUCUGGUUCAAAAUCACCAAAACUUCCACAAAAAUUCCGACCAAAGGGACUUGAGAGAAGUAUGGAAGUGACAGAUGACAGUGAUCCUGAAGUUGCAUUUUUCAAAAGACUUGACGCCAUGAGAGAUCAAGUUGAUCGACGAGUUCCAUUUUUGCCACCACCUCGGCGAGUUAUCAAAAGACGAGUUCCGGAGCGAACAUUAUCAAGUAUCUCUGAAAAAAGUGCUGAAAUUCUCACCGAUCCUGAAGCUGUUGAUGUUUCGAUUUCUUGUCCAGUCACAACAAGGUUUGCUCUAAAUUUUCUCGUGAUUGAAAUGAUUGUUUCAAUUUUUCAGAUCGCAUUUGGAUCCGAUGCCAAAAAAAUCUCGCUUUGCAUUCAAACGAAAAGUGAUUGAAGCCACAAGUGAUUCAUCAGAUGUGGAUGUUCCAAGUUUUUCUAGAAAAUCUCCGCCAAAACCAAUAGUUGCUUCGCCUGAAAUUCCCGAUGUUACAUUACAAAGAUCGAUUGAACAUUUGAACAAAACCGAUAUUGAUAUUGCUUCUCCUAGUGAAAAAAGCGCCGGAAGUGUGAAAAGCACAAAACCAAUUUAUGAAAAACAUCGAAAACCGGUUGGUAUUUUUGAAAAAAUUAUUAAAUUCCAUUUUUUUUAGCUUUUUCAUAUACUUUAGAGACCAAAGUAAAAUCAAAAAUUUGCAGAUUCCUCCACAUCCAUCAAGUAUUACAAGUAGUCGAAUGAGCAGUCGAGUUGUAACUCCUCGAACUAUUGGAGAAGAUUCUGCAUCACAGACUUCUAGGAGCACCAGGCAUUCUGUUAUAAGUCGAAAAAUUGCAAUCAGAAAACAUGAGCUCAAAUCAAUAUCAGGUUCAACAGCUGAUUUGUCAAAGCAGGUUUCAAAAACACCAUCAACUAUAAGAAGUGCGUAAAAAUCAAAAACCAAAAAAUCUAAAAACAAAAACGUUUUUUUUUGCAGGUGCAAAAUCAGUCGGCGACAUUUCACAUCGUCCAGCAUGGAAUAUUUCGCAACAUCGAACAAAUUCACAACAACCAAUUGAAUUUUUACCACCAAUUACACCAACUCGACCAAGUCGAACAGCCGGAAAUUCUCCGCAACCACGUAAUCGUCGUAGUGAUAGUCAUUUUUCGUUAACUUCUCUUCCUGCCGCUCAUUCACCAACAUCUUUUUGGAGUUCACCACAUUUCAAUCCGUCUGAAGAUUCGAGAAAACCACCAAAAGAAGAUUUAUGGUGGAAUCCUAAUAAAAAAUAG